UCACGUAGACGAUCGGGAUGUGGUUUUGUCGUAACAAUGACCCGGGGGUAGAAACAAGUGGAAGGUGACCACCUGUUGACAGUGGUCCCCGCCAGGUGUCCUCCGAUGGACCUGGGUUGCUCAGGGUAGGAACUUGACUUGUUUGCAUGCUCGCAUGUGCCUCAGUUACCCGGCGCCCAGCAGUCCGGGAUCGGGCAGGGGACUGUGCCAGGCCCCAAAUGCUAGACAAGUGUCCUGUGUCCUGGCCGCAGACUGGACUCCAGUCCUGGGCGGCGGGUAGAGCGGGCCAGAAACUCUGCCGCAGUCGGUCACCCCCCAGAGGGGGGGAUGGCCAGUCAGCAGUGGCGCCUGUGAGUGUGGGAUGUGAGGCUGACAGGAUGAGAAAAGGACGGGUGAGGUCAUUCUGCCACUGGGUUGGGCGGAAGGCUGCAACGAGAGGCUUGACUGAAAGGCGGCAGCCACAGCACUGGACCAUCCGAGACGGCGCCUCCACGCCAGCCCAGCAAGUGGACCCAAGUGAAGGGCGCUGUCGGAGUGUCUUGGUUUUACACUAUGCUGGGACCUGGGGGUGCCUGCUGCAAGUCUGCUGCCGGCUCACUGUCCGCUUGGUGAGCCGGGUUUGCAUCCCUGUGUGCCGUCAGCUGGAGCAGUAGCAAUGGCAGGAGGACCAGCCUCAGCCUGUUGUGGCCCGGCCACCGCGUGGGGCACGUCCCCGGGCUUUUACAAUCUGACUGUGACCUCAGGGUAGGGAAGUGAGUCUUGGCCUCUUGUAGGAUCUGCGCUCCCUUCCUUGGCGAUCUCGUCCAGUCCCUGAUUUUAACACUGUCUCUCCUGACACCUGCCUGUCCGUCUCCAGCCCCGGCCUCCCUUCUGACAGCUGCACGCUUUUGGCUGCCUCUUCUACACCUCCACGUGUUACUUUGGUGCCAAGUAGCCGUGUCUAAACCUAGGCUAUGAUCUUCACCUGCCCGAACACUCCCCACGCUGACUUCACCACCUCUGCGCGCGACACCUCUGUCCCUGAGUGUGGAGUCUCCUCGGCCUCCAUACACUCCUCAGGGCAGUUUCUCACCACCUCCAGCUUGACAUGCUGGUCCAGGCUGCCUGGUGAGCCUCUUUAUUUGUUUCUUUGUUCUCACCCUGUGCCUCCUAUUAUCUACCCACUUAGGGAUUUUCUGGACACAGAGCUGUUCUUUUCAACCGUAAGUCUAAUACCAAGGCAGUGCAGACCGGAGCUACCUUGCCUGAGUGGUAAAGCACUCCACCACCUUCUCGCUGUGUGACCUUGAGCAAGUUGCUUAACCUCUCUGUCCUUAACCUUUUUCUCACAGUGCUGUGUGAGAACUGGUGAGUGAUAGUGCAUAACAUGCUUAGAACAGGGCCUGCCCGAGGGUUGGUUGCGACUGCUGACCUUGGAUCGUGUGACCUCACCGCUUGGACCCUCCUGUCCAGGGGCCCGUCUCUCGAGAUAAGAGCCGGAGUCCUGGUCUCCCUUGCCCUCACUGCCCUGGCCUCUUCCCCCGGGCACACUGCUGUCAUCCACCACCCCGUGCUCCACCCCGGGGCCUUUGCUCUUCUCGGGGUUGCCUGGAAUAUCCCCUCCUCCGCCUUCAGGGGGUGUUGGCUGUGAAGCCUUCACUGCCCACCCUUUCCUCAACUCCUUGCUUUGCUUUCUCUUGAACGCGUCUCAGUUUUUCUUAGUUGUUACUUGUCCAUCUCUCUGCUAAUGUGUGAGCUCGGGCUGGGGGUUUUGUCUGUCUCCCGUCCUCAGCAUCUGCAGUGUUCUGUGUGCGCCACAUGGAAGGCGUUGACGGGUGCAGAUAGCGAACAGGGAAGGUCAGGAGCGUGCUCGGGACAGCCUGCAGUGGAGCCCUCAGCGCACUGCCGCCCCAGGGCCAGGCGGCUCCCCAAACUCCAAGGACCACUCGCCGCAGCUCCCAGCCUGCACUUGGGGCACCUCUUCAAGGCCUCCCUUCAUCAGGUUUCAUAGUUAUCAUCUUGGUUCUUUGCUUCUAAACUGAGCUUCUCAGCCUCUGAACAUGGCCGGAGGUGUCCCCGUCCUCUUCACGUCUCUUCGUUUUAGCCUUUUUGGCCCCCAGAAUCACGUGUGGGCUCUUGCUGGGGUCUCUGCAGACCUGCCUGGUGCCCAGGGCUUUGGUCCUGGUCGUGUCUGUGUUCCAUAGUGCUGGGCGUGCUGACCUGUCCUCUGAAUUGAGCUUUCUUGGUGCCAGGAGACUGGCCUUACCCCGCUCGGUGGUCCUUGUGCACGUCUGGUGCCUCCUCAGUGGUCUCCCGGUUCCGCGUCCGUCAUCACCUGUGUGCCAUGUUUCCUUGGUCCUUAGCACUUUUGGCAGACAUGCCUGCGGGGGAGGUAUUGUGUUCAGAAACAUGAGGACACCUUGGGACCCGGGAAGUAGAAGACAGGUCAGUGGUUGCUGCCCCCUUGUUCAUGCUGAUACCCCAUCAGAGUAGGUGGUCAGUGAAUAGUUGUCGGAUGAAUUGAUUACAUCUAAACAAGUCUUUGUCUUUUACGUCCUGUUCCUCCACUGUAACCUCUUAAACGUGUGGUGUCUGCUGUUUCCUGUCUGUCUGCAACCCGCAAGCCGCCCCGAGUGGUGUGGGCACGCAUGUGUGUCUGCAUCCAUGUGCAUGGCAUGUUCGUGCGUGUCUGCACGGUGUGGAGGUGCGUGUGUGCACGUGCGUGCGUGUCUGCACGUGUUCUGCUCGGCUGGAACCUCCCUCCCGCGGCCCUGUGUUUGGACGCCCCACCCUGCCUUCUCAGCCUGGUGUCUUCCCUCUGGUGCAAACUCCCCAGGGUUGCGUCCUCAGCCCUUUUCUUGGUCUGCCCUCGCUCUCUGGGUGGCCUCUCCUGUGGUUUGGGUAACCGCCUGGCCGACGCAUCCUGGUGGCCUCGGCCCUGUUGGCCGGGUCUGCCCAGAGGCUCCGAGCACCCUUCUUUGCGGGCCCUGCCUGAGUGUCCCCUGGGGAGUGGCCCUGUUGGUCUUUGGGGCUGCCUUGUCCUGGUCUCGGCCUCCACCCGCUCAGCAGUGUGGUCAGUUCUGUGUCCACUGUUCUCACGGGUGCGGGCCUCCCUUCUGCUUAGGGACUGAACUGUGGCUUGAGGGUCCCUUCACCCCGGGCCUCCCUGUUGCCCCCUCAUGGAGCCAGGCUCCAGGCGGCUGCCAGGACUCCUGUGCCUGGGCUUAGCCAGCCCCUGCAGCCUCUUCCUGCCCGCCCGGCUGGGCUCCAUCCCGGGAGCAGAGCCACGCCCAGCCUGCUGCAUCCCUGCCCCUGGCCCCAUGCCCUGAGGUCCUGGGUGGCGGAGCCCCAGCCGUGCCUCUGAGGCCGUAGUGCCGCAGAGCUGAGCGGAGGGCCGCCCGCUUGCCCUUUGACUGACCGGCCCACGCAGGUGAGUGGACCCACAUCACUGGUGCUGGAGGGAAGCUGCACACCCCCGUGUGCUGUGGAAGGGCGGCCGCAUGAGCCGAGCCAGGGGAGUGCCGCGGUGCAGUGUAGUGGAGGAGUUCUGGUUUUUUUAAUCCUUUUUGAACCUAAUUAUAAUAUGUUUUUUGUGUUUCUGAAGUUGGAAAUACAGUGGACAACUAGUAAAAUACUUGACUUAGGACUUAAGUUAUAAUUUAGGUUCUGAAGAAGGGAGUCAGGUUCGCCUGUUCUGAAGUGUAGAAGGUGCUCUUCUCAGGCAGUGUCACUGAAGUCUUUACUGCACCGUCCGUAGCACUGGACUCUCGGUGCCAGGAAGCGGAAGGUCUCUGUCACUGUGUGACGAUGCCUUUACGUCUCUUUGCAGGUGGAGGAAGACGGGUGCCCCUUCGGCUCGAGGACAGACUCGCGUAGUCAUCAGUCAUUUAAGCUGAGUGCAUUGUGAUUUCCAAUAAUUGAGGCAGUGGUUCUAAAAGCUGUCUACAUUAAUGAAAAGAGCAAUGUGGCCAGCUUGACUAAGCCGCCAGCGUGCGCAGCGCGGGCAGGACGCACCCGGGUCUCGACGGACUUGUGCAUGUUAGCUGUCUAGAGUUAUGUCAGGUUUUUAAAAACUCUGGUCUUUUAAAGUAGUCCUAACCACUUUACUAUGGAGACAUGUGAGAGCCCCUCUCCUCUCCCGCGUGAGCCCGCAGGAGGAGUGGCGAUGGAGGACCGAGCUUGCCCCCUCCGCUCGCUGCCCCGUGGACAGUCUCCACCACCUCCCCUGCAAACGUCCAGUGAUGCAGAGGUAAUGGACGUUGGCUCUGGUGGUGAUGGACAGGCCGAACCCCCUGCCGAGGACCCGCUCAACUUCUACGGAGCUUCUCUUCUCUCCAAAGGAUCCUCCUCUAAGGCCCGCCUCCUCGUAGACCCGAACUGUAGUGGCCACAGCCCGCGCACUGCGCGGCACGCACCUGCGGUCCGGAAGUUCUCCCCUGACCUUAAGUUGCUUAAGGAUGUAAAGAUUAGCGUGAGCUUUACGGAGAGCUGCAGGAGUGAGGACAGGAAGGUGCUGUACACGGGAGCGGAGCGCGACAUGCGGGCAGAGUGUGGCCUGGCCCUCAGCCCUGUCAGUGGGGACGUGCAUGCUGGUCCCUGUGGCGGGGGCGCGGGGAACGGGGUAGGCGCCGGGGGUGAGAGUGCGGGUAGGAGGGACGAGGAGCAUGAGCUGGAUCAGGAGAGGAGAGUGGAGUACGCAGUGCUCGAUGAGUUAGAAGACUUUACUGACAAUUUGGAGCUAGAGGAAGAAGGCGCAGGCGGGUUCACGGCUAAAGCGAUCGCGCAGAGAGACAGAGUGGACGAAGAGGCCUUGACUUUCUCCUACGAGGAUGAUUUUGACAAUGAUGUUGAUGCUCUCCUGGAAGAGGGCCUCUGUGCUCCCAAAAAGAGGCGAAUGGAGGAGAAAUACGGAGGAGACAGCGAUCACCCUUCGGACGGGGAGACAAGCGUGCAGCCAAUGAUGACCAAGAUUAAAACCGUGCUCAAAAGCCGUGGCCGCCCACCGACGGAGCCACUGCCCGACGGCUGGAUCAUGACGUUCCACAACUCCGGAGUGCCCGUGUACCUGCACCGGGAGUCGCGGGUGGUCACCUGGUCCAGGCCCUACUUCCUGGGGACAGGAAGCAUACGGAAACACGGCCCUCCCCUGACCAGCAUUCCCUGCCUGCACUACCGGAAGAUGAAGGACAGCGAGGAGCGGGAGCGGGGCGUGGGGCUCGCCCCCCCAGAGCCAGAGCUGCCCCCAGACGACCCUGACCCCCUAGGGGCCGACGCGGGGCCCCCAGACGAGAAGGACCCGCUGGGGGCUGAGGCCGCGCCUGGGGCCCUGGGGCAGGUGAAGGCCAAGGUGGAGGUGUGCAAGGAUGAGUCAGUUGACCUUGAGGAGUUUCGGAAUUACCUGGAGAAGCGCUUUGACUUUGAGCAAGUGACCGUGAAGAAGUUCAGGACGUGGGCUGAGCGUCGGCAGUUCAACCGAGAAAUGAAGCGAAAACAGGCCGAGUCAGAGAGGCCCAUCCUGCCCGCCAACCAGAAGCUCAUCACACUGUCUGUGCAGGACGCGCCCACGAAGAAAGAGUUUGUCAUCAACCCCAACGGGAAGUCUGAGGUGUGCAUCUUGCACGAGUACAUGCAGCGCGUGCUCAAGGUCCGCCCCGUGUACAGCUUCUUCGAGUGCGAGAACCCAAGCGAGCCUUUUGGUGCCUCAGUGACCAUUGACGGUGUGACCUAUGGAUCUGGAACGGCAAGCAGCAAAAAACUGGCCAAGAACAAAGCUGCCCGCGCCACGCUGGAGAUCCUCAUCCCUGACUUCGUCAAGCAGACAUCAGAGGAGAAGCCCAGAGACAGUGAGGAGCUGGAGUAUUUCAACCACAUCAGUAUCGAGGACUCGCGGGUCUACGAGCUGACCAGCAAGGCCGGGCUGCUGUCGCCCUACCAGAUCCUCCAUGAGUGCCUUAAAAGAAACCACGGGAUGGGAGACACCUCCAUCAAGUUUGAAGUAGUUCCUGGUAAAAACCAGAAGAGCGAAUACGUCAUGGCGUGUGGCAAGCACACAGUGCGCGGCUGGUGUAAGAACAAGCGCGUUGGGAAGCAGUUGGCAUCUCAGAAGAUCCUGCAGCUGCUGCACCCGCACGUCAAGAACUGGGGGUCCUUGCUGCGCAUGUAUGGCCGUGAGAGCAGCAAGAUGGUCAAGCAGGAGACCUCGGACAAAAGUGUGAUCGAGCUGCAGCAGUUUGCCCGCAAGAACAAGCCCAACCUGCAUAUCCUGAGCAAGCUGCAGGAGGAGAUGCGGCGGCUGGCGGAGGAGCGGGAGGAGACACGCAAGAAGCCCAAGAUGUCCAUCGUGGCGUCUGCGCAGCCUGGCGGCGAGCCCCUCUGCACCGUGGACGUGUGAGGGCGGCCAGCUCAGGGCCGCCAGCGCACUGGGGAUCUGCCUCUGGUUCCACGGCCCCCCUGCGUGCCUGACAGCAGGCCCAUGCAGCUCCUUCUGGGGGCCACCUAAGGCCCCGGUGACUGUGUUCCGGCUUCCACCCACCUGCCACACAGGCGGACAUGGACAGCUGGGAGAUCGCCGUGGGGCUCUGCUCAUGUGGACAGACCCUGAAGCUUUUCAUGAAUUUUCUGUGUAACGUGCACUGACCAGAAGUGAUAGUUGAUGACAUGAAAUGCGAAGGCCGUGCACCCUGGCUCCCACAGGCAUGUAGGGACCCAGCCAGAAGGCGCAGGCCGGUACCCCUCCCCUUCCAGCCUCCUGGGUUUUCCUUCUUUUCUCUGGAAAAAGUUAACAGUAGGAAGGAGUAUUUCAGAGGUUGCAGGCAAACCACCAUGGUGAUCUUUCUUCACCCAGAGAGGCGCUGCCCGUGGCACGGGCGCUGCCCUGCCUGCUUGCCGGCCCGGCAUCUGUUCUUAGAGCCCUGAACACACCUUCGUGGACAGAGGCCCCUCACGUUUGCUGGCCUCUGCUGAUUUUUUACUAAAUUUUUGCACAGUCCUGUCUGUCCACCCAUCAAUUUUUAAAGCUUUUAUUGUAUUUUAGCGUUUGGAAAGAAGCUUUUACAGUGAGGGUAGAAGAUAGGUAUGGAAUCACGUAGCAGAUGUGACCAGUUAAUGCAUUUUAGCUCAUGGACUUACUUAUAAAGAGGAGCUGAAGAUGCUCACGCUGGUGCAGGUGGCCCUUGACUACGUGCAGCUGUGCGGCGUGACCAGGCGGUCCCGUGGAUGGGGGUGGGUCUGUUCCACCCUCAGCCACGGAGCCUUCAGAAUGCCCCCCCCACGACUGAGGUCGGCCCCCGCGGACCUUUGUAAAACAAUCCACAAAUCAAGUCGCUGUAAUUAUACGCUUCUGUCCUGUC